CACCUCGCGACGCGACCGGACGGGUGCACGCCCGCGGCGGACCGUUCGUCGGAGGCAACCCACCGGCGACGCACGUCGACAUGAGCGUCGACGACCUCGUCGCGUUCGAGGAGCGCGCGGAUGAGCUCGUGGCCAAAUACGAGCACGCGGAUGACAGGGGCCAGGCCGCGGCGGCGAGCGCGACGCGGGAGGAGCUGAAGGACCUCCUCCGCGCGGUGCUCGAGCGUUCGUCGAACCUGGAGGGACCCGAUCGAAGCGCGUCGGAACGAGCCCGCGCGCUAUACCUACGCGGGCCUCUGAUCGAGUGCACCGCCGAUCAGGGCGACGCGGACGGCGCCAAAGCCCUCGUGGGCGCCGAGGAGGCGCUCAAGAAGGCCGCCAAGCUCAAUCCCACGCUCGAGGGAGCGUGGAUCUGCCUCGGGCAGCUGCUGUGGAAGAAGGGCAACCUGGACGGAGCCAAGAACUGCUACGCCGCCGUCACGUCUCGCGCGCCGAACAAGAAGGCGUCGCAGUGCAUGUCGAUGCUCUGUCGCACCAUCGCCAAGGCCAAGGCUGCGCCGGGGACGGACGAGCAGAAGGAGCACGUCGUCGAAUCGCUCAAGCACGCCAAGGCUGCCAUCAAGCUGGACGUCACCGACGGGUACAGCUGGUACCAGUGCGGCAUGGCGUACAUGACGCAGUUCUUCGCCGAGGGCGCCACGGACCCGAACAAACUAUCGCAAUCUCUGCAGUGCUUCGCCAGCGCGGAAAAAGGCGGGCCCGCGGGGGACGGGAGCCUCGAGAAGGGCGGCGUAGGCGACUGCCCCGACCUUCACUUCAAUCGAGCCACCGUGCAGCGAUACGUGGAGGAGUACGCCCCGGCGCUCGAGGGAUUCAAGCGCGCGGCGCAGUUGGACCCGCUGCUGCCGUGGAAGGGCGAGGUGGACGCCAUGCUGGCGGUGCUGACGAAGCUGGACGACGGGUGCGCGGGUCAGGGGCCGAUGUUCAAACCCAAGCGGCUGCUGCCCAUCCAAAAGACUUUAGCCGAGGCUCGAGCGUCGGCGGCGCCGGAGGAGUACCGCGGCGGGUCGCUCAAGGCGUUGGCGCCCGGGGUGAACAAGGGCGUCUGCGUGAACGUCCGCGCGGCGCUAGACGCCACCGCCGAGGAUAUGCUCAACCUGCACUACAUCGUGGUCGACGGCGACGGGACUCUGGCGGCGCUCUCCGUGUACGGGCUGGAGGAUGGCGCGGUUCGGCAGAGCUCGACGCUGACGCUGCUGGACCCGAACGUGAAGGACGUCGACGCGACGUGGGAGGGGCGACGGUUCAAGUUCAGGCUGGUGCGGGUGGAUCUGCCGAAGCAGAUACUCGUGGGGGGGACGAUGCCGGUUGGCCUGGCGCGGCCGAGGCUUGCGAGCGUCAACUUGUAAUUCACCGGCUAACAUCACUAGCUAGUACGUCGCGAGCGGCGGGUCCGCGUCUGCGACGACGACGCCCGUCACGCGGCGUACUGCUCCUCGAGGUACUUGACGAUGGCCGACGAUUCGAACAUGGCGACGCCCGUGUUGGGAUCCUCGAUGUACGGAGCCUGGAACGUGCCCCGCCUGUCCUUCAGCUCCUGCCGCUUGGGCGAGCCCCGCCCGACCGUCCGCAUCAGGUGAGGCAGCUCCAGCUCCACGAGCUUCUCCCGCACGAGCUUGCAGAACGGAGACGCCUCGUACGAGUAGACGGUGAUGGGCUUCGCGGGCAUCUUCGCUGCCCGGUACCUGCUCCCCGCGCCCAUCCUCGGCGCCAGCCCGAAUCCCGCGGUGAGCACCGUGAGCGCUCCGGCCCUCAGCAGCGUCGGCACCUUCUCCUUGCCCGGGCCGUACUUGUCGUACAGGUAAUCGAUGAUGUCGUCGGACUCGUACAUGCUCACGCCGGUGUUGUCGUCGACCAAGUACGGGAACUGGGACUUGCCGCCGACGUUUUUGACGUACUCGCGAAACGUGGGUCUGCCCUGGGGGCACGGGUAAAACUCGACGUCCAGGUCGAGCCACACCACCGCCUCGCGCACCUUGCGACAGAACGGGCACCCCUCGAACUCGUACAGCUUGAUCGGCGUGGCGGGCCUCGGGAACUUGGCGACGUCGGACGUCUCCUUGAGCCAUCGGCCGCCGAGCUCGCCGAGGGUGUACGCUCCGGGGGGCGGCGAUCCUUCAACGAUGGUGGGCGUCCAUCCCUCGCACAGCGCGCCGGAAACCGCGCGCGUGACGAAGGAGCCGGAGGCGGUGAGGACGUUGGCGAGCUCGCCGUCGGCGACGCCGAACUUCUGCGGCUGCGGUCCCUUGAGGGUGUACUCGAUCUCGUCGGUGGGUGCCGCGGAGGCUGGCGCGGAUCCGGCGGUUUGGGCGGCGGCGGCGGCGGCGGGCUCGGACUCGGCGGUGGGCGGGGAAGGCGCGGCGGCCUUCACGGCGGAGGUGUUGAUGGUCCUGAGCGCGCGGGAUACCCGCUCGUCGCCCGC